AUGUCGUCCGCAGCAGAGACACCCCAUCUACUUGCCUCCCUCACACCUCUCAACAUCCUCCUCUUCGCUAUCUCUCUGCCCAUCCUGUCAUUCACCUACCAAAUAAUCCACUACCGCUUCUUCCACCCCCUUGCCGACUUCCCAGGCCCCUUCUGGGCCUCCGUCACCCGCCUCUGGAUCGCAUACCACAACAUCCUCGGCGACGAAUGCGAGCUCGAGCUCGCUCUCCACAAGAAAUAUGGCCCCGUGCUGCGCAUCACUCCCACGCUGCUCCUUGUCUCGGACGCUACAAAGCUACCUGAGGUAUACAGCCGCCAGGCGAAUAAAUCAAAUCAUUACAUCACCGGCAGCUUCGGCGAACAAGAGAGUCUGUUCAAUAUGAAGGAGCACAAGGUGCAUGCGCACUUCCGCAAGAUAGCAGCGGGGCCGUAUGCAUUUAGUAAUAUUAAGAAGAUGGAGCCGCUUGUGGAUUUGCGUAUCGCGCAGUGGCUUGCGAGACUAGCUGGUCUUUUUGCGGAGAAAAAUCAAGAAUUCGACUUCGCGCCCUGGGCCGUCUACAUGGCCUACGACAUCAUCAGCGAAAUCGGCUUCGGCGCGCCCUUCGGCUUCAUCGAAAGCGGGACCGACGUAGGCGGCCUAAUCCAAGGUUUCCACGACGGGCUCCUCCCCUUCGGCCUCAUGGCGCGGCUCUGGCCUUUCACAAACUUUAUCAAGAAAACGCCCCUGGGAAAAUACCUCGUUGCGAAGCCGACUGAUAAUAGCGGGAUAGGCACGCUCAUGCGGUUCCGCGACACGCUACUUUCACAACGUCUGAAAGAUGUACAAGAGGGAAAGAUCGAGCGCGUGGAUUUAUUACAGACGUUUAUCGAUGCGCGGGAUGACGCUGGGAACCCGCUUAGUAUUGAGUAUAUCAAGGCUGAGAUACUGCUCGUGCUGUUGGCAGGUGCAGACACAACGGGGACGGCGUUCCAAGCUAUGAUGGCGUAUAUCAUGGGUAAUCCUACCGUGUACACGAAGCUGAUGACGGAAAUCGACACGUGCAGCGAGAAGGGGGUGCUGAGCGAGAUGCCGCAGUAUGACGAGGUUUUGACGCAUUGUCCGUACUAUGUUGCUUGUGUGAAGGAGAGUAUGCGGUGA